GAUUUCUCUGUUUAGGCCUCCUUAAUGUCUAUGGUUUAAGCAAGCAAUUGACCUUAGGAUAUAUUUCGGUGGUUAAUGAAACUAUGAGAAAAAGGUGCCUUUUCCUGAAAAAGGAUCGAAGAAAACUAACCUGGACCUGCACAAUCUAAGAACUACAUUUCCCUUCAGCACCAGCGUGAUAUAACCAGUGCCCAACAUGGCGGCCGUUGGAACGUUCUCUAGAGUUGCCAGACUGAGUUUAAGCAUUGGCAGAAGAUGUCGUUUAAUAUCGAACAGCGAAAAGAGACGAGGAAUAGCGUCAUGCGUUGACCCUGCUCAUGGCCUUAGUGAUGAACAGAAAGAGUUUCAGAAGAUGGCCUUUGACUUCGCAGCAAAUGAAAUGUCUCCACACAUGGCUGAGUGGGAUGAAAAGGAAAUCUUCCCGGUGGAGACCUUGCGUAAGGCUGCCCAGCUGGGGUUUGGGGGAAUCUAUGUACAGCCGGAGGUGGGGGGAUCUGGCCUGUCUCGUCUGGACACCUCACUCAUCUUUGAGGCCUUAUCGACAGGCUGCGUUAGCACCACAGCCUACCUCAGCAUUCACAACAUGUGUAACUGGAUGAUUGACACCUUCGGCAACACUGAACAGAGGGAGAAGUACUGCCCUGAGCUUUGUACGAUGGACAAGUUUGCCUCUUAUUGUCUGACUGAGCCAGGCAGUGGCAGUGAUGCUGCUUCGUUACUCACUACUGCAAAGUUGGAAGGUGACCAUUAUGUCCUCAAUGGGUCCAAGGCCUUCAUCAGUGGAGGAGGAGACACAGACGUGUACAUAGUAAUGUGUCGGACGGGAGGGAAAGGUCCCAAGGGGAUCUCCUGUGUGGUGGUGGAGAAAGACACUCCAGGACUCAGCUUUGGCAAGAAGGAGAAGAAGGUGGGAUGGAACUCUCAGCCAACCAGAGCAGUGAUCUUAGAGGACUGCCAUGUCCCAGUGACCAGUCGGCUGGGUCAGGAGGGACAGGGCUUUAACAUCGCUAUGAGAGGCCUGAAUGGAGGCAGGAUCAAUAUUGCAUCUUGUUCUCUUGGGGCGGCCCAUGCAUGUGUACAGCUGGCGAGAGAUCACCUGUUAGUACGCAAGCAGUUUGGAGAGACCCUCUCAAGCAACCAGUUCCUGCAGUUUAAGUUGGCAGAGAUGGCCACCAAGCUAGUGGCGUCGCGUCUGUUGGUGCGUGAGGCUGCCCUGGCACUGCAGGAGGGCAGGUCUGACGCUGUGUCCCUCUGCUCCAUGGCCAAACUCUUUGUCACUGACGAGUGCUUCAACAUCUGUAACCAGGCACUCCAGAUGCAUGGUGGAUACGGUUACCUCAAAGACUACGCUGUUCAGCAGUUUGUCCGGGACAUCAGAGUACACCAGAUACUUGAGGGAACAAAUGAAGUGAUGCGGAUGAUAAUUGCCAGAAGUUUACUGUCAGAGUCUGGAUAAAUAUGCCAUGGGCUGGCCAAAACUGGACUUUCUCCUGUCUUGAAGGGAUGGUGUGGUGGCAGGCUUCUUGUUGUUUGACUGUAUCCCUCAAGUGUCUUGAACCCCACUUUUAUAGGGGGAAAACUAUAAUUAGGUCCUUUCCUGUUUGUGGAAUAACAGCUGCUCAUUGAGGGAUAUGGAAGUGGAACCAUAUUAGAUAUGUCGUAUUUUGUGGUCAGUAUUGGGGUGAAGGUUUUUGGUUAUCUAUAUCAGAUGAUUAUUUCGAUGACAUCACAGCCUCUCCUGCACAUUCAGUUAUGGCGGCAACGUUUGGUUAUGUUUAGUUUAAUCAUAAAACACAAUUAAAUGCAUCAUCUAGGUGGGUUGGAUGACUGAGGUUUUAUAAAAUAUUUGGUACUGCAUUAUAAGAACCAUGUUUUAAAGGUACAAUGCAGCUGUAUCAAAUAAUUUCUGGAUAACAAUGAUGUUGCAAAUUUUUUAUUGAAAACAAUGACCAAUUUCUCAAACUAAAUGGCCAUUAUAAUUUCGCGGUAUUCCAACCUCAAAACACAGGAACUCACGAUUGACUGCACUAGACCUUUAGCCGUUAAGGGAAGAGUAUUUAAAACCCAGAUCUCAGUCAUUGACAAAUUAUACGUUCCAGCUACCUAAUUGAGAUUAGUGAUAUUCUCUGUGUACAUAAAUGUCAUAAAACCACAAAUAUUCUGUAAGUCAUUCUUAUUAGAUACAAGUAUGGGUCGACACUUUGUCUUUAAACAUUUCCAGUAUUGAAAUUCUAUAAAAUGGCCUGUUCUACUGGGGUGAUCACAACUCCACAUGAACAGUUGGCCUGAGAAGAAUGCUUUACAUUUCUAAGAGCAGUAAUGUGCUUAGUGUCAACAUGAUGGUGUGAGUUGAUGAGCACACAUUCUCUCCAGGCAAACCCUCGUCAAUUGUUGUAACUGGCGUAUAUAAAGUCAUGGCCAAAAGUUCAGUGACACAAAUAUUAAUUUUCACAAAUUCUGCUGCCUGAGUUUGUAUGAUGCCAAUUUGCAUAUACUCCAGAAUGUUAUGAAAAGUGAUCAGAUGAAUUGCAAUUAAUUGCAAAGUCCCUGAAUCCCCCCAAAACAUUUCCACUGCAUUUCAGCCCUGCCACAAAAGGACCACCUGACAUGUCAGUGAUUCUCUCGUUAACGCAGGUGUGAGUGUUGAUGAGGACAAGGCUGGAGAUCACUCUGUCAUGCGGAUUGAGUUCGAAUAACAGACUGGAGGGUGGUGCUUGGAAUCAUUGUUCUUCCUCUGUCAAUCAUGGUUACCUGCAAGGAAGCACAAAAAGGGCUUCACAGGCAAGGGUAUUGCUGCCAGUAAGACUGCACCUAAAUCAACCAUUUAUCAGAUCAUCAAGAACUUCAAGGAGAGCGGUUCAAUUGUUGUGAAGAAGGCUUCAGGGCGCCCAAGAAAGUCCAGCAAGCGUCUCUUACAGUUGAUUCAGCUGUGGGAUCGGGGCACCACCAGUACAGAGCUUGCUCAGGAAUGGCAGCAGGCAGGUGUGAGUGCAUCUGCACUAGAGGUCGACCGAUUAAUCGGAAUGGCCGAUUUCAAGUUUUCAUAACAAUCGGAAAUUGGUAUUUUUGGGCGCCGAUUUAAAAAAUAUCUAAUUAUUUUUUUAUACCUUUAUUUAACUAGGCAUUGCUCUGCAUGGGUAACGCUGCUUCGAUGGUGGCUGUUGUCGUUGUGUUGCUGGUUCGAGCCCAGGGAGGAGCAAGGAGAGGGACGGAAGCAAUACUGUUACACUUGCAAUACUAAAGUGCCUAUAAGAACAUCCAAUAGUCAAAGGUUAAUGAAAUACAAAUGAUAUAGAGGGAAAUAGUCCUAUAAUUCCUAUAAUAACAACAACCUAAAACUUCUUAACUGGGAAUAUUGAAGACUCAUGUUAAAAGGAACCACCAGCUUUCAUAUGUUCUGAGCAAGGAACUGAAACGUUAGCUUUCUUACAUAGCACAUAUUGCACUUUUACUUUCUUCCCCAACACUUUGUUUUUGCAUUAUUUAAACCAAAUUGAACAUGUUUCAGUAUUUAUUUGAGGCUAAAUUGAUUUUGAUGUAUUAUAUUAAGUUAAAAUAAGUGUUCAUUCAGUAUUGUUGUAAUUGUCAUUAUUACAAAUUAAAAAAGUAAAAAUCGGCUGAUUAAUCGGUAGUGGCUUUUUUUGGUCGUCCAAUAAUCGGUAUCGGCGUUGAAAAAUCAUAAAUCGGUCGACCUCUAAUCUGCACGCACAGUGAGGCGAAGAAUUUUGGAGGAUAGCCUGGUGUCAAGAAGGGCAGCAAAGAAGCCACUUCUCUCCAGGAACAACAUCAGGGACAGACUGAUAUUCUGCAAAAGGUACAGGGAUUGGACUGCUGAGAACUGGGGUAAAGUCAUUUUCUCUGAUGAAUCCCCUUUCCGAUUGUUUGGGGCAUCUGGAAAAAAAGCUUGUCCGGAGAAGACCAGGUGAGCGCUACCGUCAGUCCUGUGUCAUGCCAACAGUAAAGCAUCCUGAGACCCUUCAUGUGUGGGGUUGCUUCUCAGCCAAGGGAGUGGGCUCACUCACAAUUAUGCCUAAGAACACAGCCAUGAAUAAAGAAUAGUACCAACACAUCCUCCGAGAGCAACUUCUCCCAACCAUCCAGGAACAGUUUGGUGACGAACAAUGCCUUUUCCAGCAUGAUGGAGCACCUUGCCAUAAGGCAAAUGUGAUAACUAAGUGGCUCGGGGAACAAAACAUCGAUAUUUUGGGUCCAUGGCCAGGAAACUCCUCAGACCUUAAUCCCAUUGAGAACUUGUGGUCAAUCCUCAAGAGGCGGGUGGACAAAUAAAAAUCCACAAAUUAUAACAAACUCCAAACAUUGAUUAUUGCAGAAUAGGCUGCCAUCAGUCAGGAUGUGGCCCAGAAGUUAAUUGACAGCAUGCCAGGGCGGAUUGCAGAGGUCCUGAAAAAGAAUGGUCAACACUGCACAUAUUGACUCUUUGCAUCAACUUCCUGUAAUUGUCAAUAAAAGCCUUUGACACUUAUGAAAUGCUUGUAAUUAUACUGCAGUAUUCCAUAGUAACAUCUGACAAAAAUAUCUAAAGACACUGACGCAGCAAACUUUGGAAAUUAAUAUUUGUGUCAUUCUCAAAACUUUUGGCCACGACUAAGUCAAAACUGUCAAAUAUAUGGAUUCACAAACAACUUGUUCACAAAUAUUUUUUAACCUUAAAUGUUAAAUGUUGUUGUUUUAACCUUAAAUAAUCUGAUCAUGGCAUUUGAAAACAACAAAAAUAAUAAAACAAGUCUUAACUUGUGCAGACUUGAAUAGUGUAGAUUCCACAAGUGUCAUAUUUUCUCAUUUGUCUUCUUUAGCAUGAGUUCUUCAUUCUACUUUGAACAACUGCAAUAAAAAAAGUGAUUUUAA